AUGAAUAAACUGCACGGAUCCACAGUGUCUCAACUCUCAUAUGUUAUGGAUGAAGAAGAAAUUUAUGUCACACUUUGUUGUUUGAUUUUCUGCGACCAUAAUCAAAAGUGUGUGUUUUUCUAUUUUCUCUUGUAUUUUCUAGGCACGGCCCAUGGCACUUGUGUUCUAGAGACAGAUUUUGGUAUUAUUGUUAAUUGUGCCUUCAAAAAGUCUGGAUUGUUCCGGGUGAGGAACCUCGGUGGCUUAAAAGCGCACUUUGGGUUAGGUUUGAGCUUUGGAGAUGAGAUCGGCUUCGAUCAGAGUCUGGGCACGCUCGAGGGCAACAAAAGACGGUCGGCCAAUGCCCGGCAGUUGCCCACAAUGGUGGGUGUUCUUCCGGCUCUGAAGCAGCUGCCGCUGCAGUCGCCGCCGCCGAUCCAGCUCAGUCGGCCGCAGGCUCUCACGCCGCGACCCAAUCCCAGUUUACAGGACAUGACGCGGGUCCUGAAUCCCAGGAAGCCCGGCCGAAUGACAGAGGCUAUGUCCCUGCCGCUGGGAGUGCCUGCCUUCAAGCCCAUCCCGCGCACGGAGGAGAAGCCUCCGAAGAAGCUGUACCAACUGUCUGAGAAUCUCACAGCCAUCCAGGACAAUCUCAUACAGCCAGACAUUUUUAACAUUCCUACCUUCCAGUCCUUGAACUCUCAGGUGGACAGAAAGUUUGACGUGUCGAAGAAGAGCACCGUCCUGACGCAGGCGAUCCAGGACGAAGGACUCAAGAGCACAAUUCCAACUGUCACCAGGCCGAAAGUGGACCUCAUGGGACACACCGUGGAAGAGCUCGCAGCCGUGGCCAAUGUGAGCGUGGAGGCGAUCCAGGCCGCCAUCCGACAGAGGGAAUUCCAGAUAGCUCUGCAACAACAGGCGAACAUGGAAGCAAUUCGCCUGAAGACUUCAACCACCACGACUACCACAACCACUACCACGACCAGCACCACGAGGCGACCACCGCCCGCCAAACGCCAUCACCAUGGCCACAAAGUGAUGAAUGCACCCAAGGAAUACUACCCAGUGGGAUACGACAAGAACUUCGACGACAACUUCACGACACGAGUAGAGCUGCCUCAGACGUCCUUCCACUGUGGCGAUCAGAAGCACUUCCCCGGACUCUAUGCUGACGAAAAUCUGGGAUGCAUGGUCUUUCAUGUGUGCGCCUUGACGGACGAUGGCCUGAUUAUGAAGUCUUUUCUCUGCCCAGAAAGCACCCUCUUCGAUCAAUCGAUACUCAAGUGCAACUGGUGGUUUUACGUGGACUGCAAAAUCAGCCGAUCACUCUACGACAGCAACAUACCCGUGUCGAAGAGCUAUCAACUCAUGAAGGCACUCACAUUCUUCUCCACCAACUACAAGAACAGCCCAUCUGUCGAUAUAGAAGCACUGAAAAAUUCAGUAGCCCCAGCAACUUAAAUCAGCACAUCCGUACUGAUUAUCUAGAUAUUAAUAGACACUAGAGUUGUAGGUAGAUAAUUUCUAGUUCUCUUACAAAUUCUCCUGCCAAAAUAGAC